AUGCCAGUCUUCGGCAAGAAGGACCCGAUUGACAAGAAGGGUCUGUACGAGAAAAUUCGCGGGCCAUCCCAGGAGGAAAUUGUGAACGCUGUGGGGGAGCAUUUUCUCCUCAAAAAUGGGCGAUACAUAGAAACUCCUGACUCCGAUCGGAAGGAGUCAAUUCAAACGCCGUGUGUCGUCUUUCUGAUUGUCGGAAAAUUCGAUGUCGGCCAAGAGACGUGCGACGAGAGAUUCAAAGGUUACACCAUUACCGAUGAGAGUGUCAUUAAGCUCUUUGCCCAUUCUGCCGUCGUCAUCAUGCCGAUGACUUAG